AUGCCGGGGAGGAGUUCCUGGAACACAUGGGGGCGGAGGCGCAGACGUGGUUCGACGAGUACGCGGAGCGGGAGGCUAACGCCGCUAUUGCGCCGGGCAGGGUCUCGGGGGCGAACGUGCCUUCAGGAUCUCCGAGAGAACAUCACGCGGGACCUGACGGUGUACGAUUGGUGCGGCGUCGGGCAGGGGUUGGCCAGCGUGACGUUCUGGCCCGGGGACGAGCAGUCCGCCGCGGUGACUGUGCAGACGGCGUCCGUGCGCUGGGUGCAGUGGCCCAGCGCCGCGGAGGUGGUGAGCUGGCAGUGCGACGGGGCCAACAAGGUCAUGAGCACGUCGCUGCCGGGGGGCCUCGCCCCGCUCCAGUGGCUGAGCCUGCAAGUGUGGCAGGAGAAUCGGUCCUGGGACCUGGUCAGCGCGGGGGGCCUCGCGGGCCGCCUGAAGUGGAACACGUGGAACCAUACCGAUUACAUCUUUAGCGUCUAA